AUGAGAACAUAUAAUCGUCAUCGUAAAAAUCAACAAGAAUAUUUAGAUGUAGGAGAAAUAAAUAUAAGUUAUCAAGAGCAAAACUUGGAAGAUAUACAAUAUCAAGAUAUAUAUCAACAAGAAAAUAAAUAUCAACAAGAGAAUCAACUGAAUAUAAUUGAUAAAGAUUCUGAUAUAAGAAG